UUGGUCCUGAAUCCAUUGGGAUUCAACCAAAGUUUUAAUCUCCGAUUUCUCUCCCUUGUUUGAAAAUCAAACACUAAAUCCUCCAAGUUCUGCACUUACUGGCCUAGGGUUUGGCCAUGAGAGGGUCCAAAGUCGAUCUCUUUAAUUCCCGGAUACUCAUAGAUUCUGACUUCUCGCCGGACGGGCUCGCUGAAUCUGGUUCCGCCUCAGACUCAGACUUCACAUUUGCUUUCAACAACAGAAACUUUUCUGAUGCGGUUCUGAGGAUUGAGAUCACACCAGACUUGCCCGAGAGGAAAUUGGACAGCGAGGCCAGCUGCAGCGUCAGUCAUUGGGCGGGCAACCGUAAGCGGCGCAGAGAGGAAAAGAAGAAAGAGAUUGCAUUAUCCGUGGAUGUUCUUGCACAACAUGAGGAGCAGAUAGUAAAUAUAUCUGAUACAGAUGAUGGAGUGGCAUUUGAAAAUAUCUUGGAGGACCCAAUAGCGAUUGUUGAGGGAUCACGACCAGAUUCUGGGAUGAAUAUGAAUAGACAAGAUUCUGUUACAGGUGAUGGAGCCACAGAUGGAAAUUAUUCAUCCCGGAGUAUGGACUGUUCGGCAAUUCUUAGAGUUGAGACUGUACAUGUUAGCUCUACAAUUUUAGCAGCAAAGAGUCCGUUUUUUUAUAAGUUAUUUUCAAAUGGAAUGAGGGAGUCAGAGCAGCGACAAAUAACUCUUCGGAUACAUGCUUCAGAAGAAGCAGCCUUGAUGGACCUCCUUAAGUUCAUGUAUAGUAAUUCCUUAUCAACAAGCACCCCUACUGGUUUGCUGGAUGUGCUGAUGGUUGCUGACAAAUUUGAGGUUGCGACAUGCAUGAUAUACUGCAGCAGGUUAUUACAGGAGUUGCCUAUGACCUCUGCGUCAGCCUUGCUUUAUUUGGAUCUUCCUUCUAGUGUUUUAAUGGCUGAAGCUGUUCAGUCACUGGCAGAUGCAGCGAAGCAAUUUCUUGCUACAAAGUACAAGGACAUGACAAAGUUUCCAGAAGAGGUGCUUAAUUUACCUUUGGCUGGUCUAGAGGCAGUACUUUCUAGUGAUGACCUCCAGAUAGCUUCAGAGGAUACUGUUUAUGACUUUGUGCUGAAGUGGGCACGUAUACACUACCCAAAAUUGGAGGAACGAAGAGAAGUUCUUGGGUCCCGACUUGGCCGACUUAUUCGUUUUCCAUACAUGACUUGUCGAAAGCUGAAGAAGGUUUUGACCUGCAAUGAUUUUGAUCCUGAACUUGUGUCUAAGGUUGUGCUGGAAGCUCUCUUUUUCAAGGCAGAGAUACCACACCGGCAACGCUACCUUGCAAUGGAUGAGGAGAACACUACGAAUCGACGCUUUGUUGAGAGGGUGUACAAGUACCGUCCAAUCAAGGUGGUGGAGUUUGAACAUCCUCGUCAGCAAUGCAUUGUCUACCUAGACCUGAAGCGUGAGGAAUGCGGGCGUCUAUUUCCAACAGGACGUGUAUAUUCACAAGCAUUCCACUUGGGGGGACAAGGUUUUUUCUUGUCAGCUCACUGCAACUUGGACCAACAAAGCUCUUUUCAUUGCUUCGGGCUGUUUCUGGGGAUGCAAGAGAAGGGAUCAGUGGCUUUUACUGUUGACUACGAAUUUGCAGCAAGAUUAAGGCCAACGGAAGAGUAUGCAAGCAAAUAUAAAGGAAACUAUACAUUCACCGGAGGAAAGGCUGUUGGGUACCGGAAUCUAUUUGGUUUACCAUGGACAACAUUUAUGGCAGAUGAUAGCUUAUAUUUUAUCAAUGGAAUACUUCAUCUGAGGGCUGAGCUCACUAUCAAGUAACAGAUGUUUCUGUCUAUAGUUUGUAACAAAAUUUGGUUGACAAGUCCCUUUAUGGUUAUAGGCGUAUAUGAUGUUCGCCUAUAGUUAUUCUUUAGGUUUCUCAACUGAUGAUGCAUGGUAAUAUAACAUGAUAAAUAUUUCAGAAUACUGAAAAGAAGAAUGUUAAGUCUUCUAUACACCAUACACACAAUGAAAGUAGAGCAAUUGUGGCA